AUGUACUUCUCGCCGUGGGCCCCCGUCGACAUACCCAAAUGCAAUAUCUUGUCGUACCUCUUCCCUUCUGGCACGACACCAUCAGAGCAACCGAUAUGGACUGAUGUCAACGACACCUCCAACAGCCUGUCUCCUGCUCAGAUGCUUUCACUGAUCAAGCGAUUCGCGAUGGGCCUCGACAAGCUCGGCAUCGCUCAGCAACAAGCCAUCUUGGUCUUCACGCCGAACCACCUCUACGUCCCGCUCGUGUAUCUGGCGACGACCGGGUCGAAGAGAUUCUUCACAGGCGCCAACCCUGGGUAUACGGCCCAAGAGCUAGCACAUCAGAUGAGGGCUGUCGAUGCCGCCGUGGUUCUGGUUCACGACACCCUCCUCGCAACAGGCAUCGCCGCAGCUAAGCAGGCGAAAAUCCCCUUGAAACGUCUAUUCGUCUUCUCCGAUACCCCCGGGCCUCAAACCCAGGACCAGACUCUUCCAGACUGGCGGUCGAUCCUAGCUUCCUCGGUUGAGUCGGCGUCAUGGCAGUGGGACCCCCUGAAUGGGGAGCUUGCCCUGCAAACCGUGGCAGUGAUCAACUUCUCCAGUGGGACGACCGGCCUACCCAAAGGCGUAUGUAUCUCACAUUAUAGCCUGGUGGCCAAUUCAACCCAGGCCAUUUUCAACUACUAUCAAGGAACACCCUACUCUCCCGAGAACCGAGGUGCAGAACGAUGGCUAGCUUUCCUGCCACUGUACCACGCAUACUCACAGCUCUUCACCAUCAAUAUUGCUUGCAAGUUGCUGAUCCCGGUAUAUAUUAUGCCCAGGUUCUCCUUUGAGGAUUUCAUUAGGCAUAUCCAGCAGUUCAUGAUCACAGCUAUACAGGCUGUCCCGCCGGUUCUCGUGAUGAUGACCAAGCGCGCCGAGACGUCAAAAUACGACAUCAGUAGCCUUAAGUACAUUCUAUGUGGCGCUGCUCCUUUGUCGAGUGAGUUGCAGAACGAGGUCAUGAGUAGGUUCAACCUUGUGGUCUCUCAAGCCUUUGGGAUGUCCGAAACGACAUGUGCUGCGGUCAUGACGCCGGGUAUGACCAAGGACCAGAGUGGCAGCAUUGGGAAUCUGCUGCCCAACACUGAGGCUUGUCUGCUGGACGAAGAUGGGAAGGAACUCAGUGGAGAUGGCCAGCCUGGAGAGUUGUGUCUGAGAGGACCACAGAUGAUGCUCCGAUACUGGAGGAACGAAAGUGCGACACAGCAGACUAUCACUGCGGAUGGCUGGAUGAAGACCGGUGAUGUCGCCGUCACAAAAGGUGGGAAAUGGUGGAUCGUCGAUCGCAAGAAGGAGUUAAUUAAAGGCCUCCAAGUCGCUCCAGCAGAGUUAGAAGCCGUGCUCCUUGAGAACGAGGAUGUCGCCGACGCAGCGGUAGUCGGCAUCACCAUCCACGACGAGGAGUUGCCCCGGGCAUAUGUAGUGCUCCAGAAUUCUGCCCGAGGUAGAACUACCGCCCGGGACGUGCAGGACUUUGUCGCCCAAAAGGUGUCCAAGCAUAAGCGACUGGUGGGAGGGGUCAAGUUCAUUGACGAGGUUCCCAAGCUUGCCAGCGGGAAGAUCGUGCGGAAGGUCCUCAAGGAGUGGGCCAAGACGGAUGCGAAGGAACUGGAACACACCGUCAAGGCGAGAUUAUAA